AUGGAAUUGGAAUUUGCAGUUAAUGGAGAGAGAUUCAAUAUCAACUCUGUUGAUCCUUCUACGACUCUACUCGAGUUCUUGCGGUCCAACACUCCUUUCAAGAGUGUCAAGCUCGCCUGUGGCGAAGGAGGGUGUGGUGCUUGUCUCGUAAUGAUAUCAAAAUACGACCAAGAGUUAGAUCAAGUGAAGGAAGAAACUUGUAUAAACUCUUGUCUCACUCUUCUCUGCAGUAUCAACGGAUGCUCAAUCACAACAUCGGAAGGUCUCGGAAACGCCAAGAAAGGAUUCCAUCCGAUCCACGAGCGGUUCGCAGGCUUCCACGCGUCACAGUGCGGUUUCUGCACGCCUGGGAUGUGCAUUUCCCUCUACUCAGCUCUCUCAAAGGCUCAUGAUAAAAGCUCGAGCCUCACUGUAACCGAAGCUGAGAGAUCGGUCGCUGGAAACCUCUGUAGAUGCACCGGUUAUCGUCCCAUUGUCGAUGCUUGUAAGAGCUUUGCUUGUGAUGUUGAUAUUGAGGACUUAGGGAUUAACUCCUUUUGGAAGAAAGGUGAUACCAAAGAGGUUAUGUUGAAGAGUCUGCCUCCUUAUAACCAUCUUGUAACAACAUUCCCUGAGUUCUUGAAGAAGAAGAAAGUUGGUAAUAAUAGUUUGGAUCUUUCGAGGUAUCGAUGGACUACUCCUUUUAGUGUAUCCGAGCUUCACAGUACGUUGAGAGCUGGUAAGUCUAAAGAUUCGUUGAAGUUAGUUGUCGGAAACACAGGGGCUGGUUAUUACAAAGAUGAGGAGCGUUUUGAGAGGUAUGUUGAUAUUAGUCAUAUCCCGGAGAUGUCGAUGAUCAAGAGAGAUGGGAAACGGAUUGAGAUUGGAGCAGCUGUGACUAUAUCGAAAGCUAUUGAUGCUUUGAAUGAGGAGGAGGGAAGCAAAUCUUGCUUUAUUUUCAAGAAAAUGGCGAGUCAUAUGGAGAGAAUAGGAAACCAUUUUGUGAGGAAUUCCGGGAGUAUCGGUGGUAAUCUAGUCAUGGCGCAGGGGAGGAAGUUUCCUUCUGAUAUCGCCACGCUCUUGCUCGCUGCGGAUGCGUCGGUGUAUGUGCUUAACGGCAGAGAAACCGUGAAGGUCAAGAUUCAAGAUUUUCUUGAAUCUCCUUCCGUGUUAGACUCGAAACGAGUUCUUGUGAAAGUCGAGAUUCCGUUACCGACUUGUGAUUCACUCUUUGAGAGCUAUCGAGCAGCACCUCGCUCUAUAGGAAACGCGUUGCCGUAUGCGAAUGCUGCUUUCUCUGCGCGAGUGUCUCAUCAAGAACCAUUUAUGAUGGAUGAAUGCCUGUUGGCGUUUGGUUCUUAUGGCGGUGAUCGUUCAAUCAGAGCGAAAGAAGUGGAGCGUUUCUUGAAUGGUAAAUUACUUAGCCACAGUGUUCUUUACGAAGCUGUGAGUUUGCUUAGAGGAAUCAUAGUUCCAGGGAGAGACACUUUGCAUGCUGAGUAUAGGAAAAGCUUGGCCGUUGGAUUUCUUUUCGAUUUUUUCUAUCCGUUGAUUGAGAGAAGCCAUAGAAUAUGUAACGGCCAUGUUGAUUGUCCUGUGAAGUCUCUUCCUUUCCUCUCAUCUUCACAGCAAGUGUUGGAGAGCAAUGAGUUUCAGCCUGUUGGUGAAGCGGUUGUCAAAGUUGGAGCUGCAUUGCAAGCUUCUGGUGAAGCUGUUUUUGUUGAUGAUAUUCCGACUUUACCGGACUGUUUACAUGGAGCAUUCAUUUAUAGCACAGAGCCUUUGGCUAAGAUCAAAAGCGUAACCUUCAGUGGAAACGUGACACCGGCUGGAGUUUUUGCUGUUCUUACUUUCAAGGAUAUUCCGAAAACGGGACAGAACAUUGGUUCCAAGACCAUAUUUGGACCUGGACCUUUAUUUGCUGAUGAAAUAACUCAGUAUGCUGGUCAAAGAAUUGCUCUUGUGGUUGCAGACACACAAAAACAUGCAGACAGGGCAGCAAAACUUGCGGUAGUCGAGUACGAUACAAAGAAUGUAGAAGAACCGAUACUAACCGUCGAAGAUGCGGUUAAAAGAUCUAGCUUUUUCGAGGUUCAUCCAAUGUUUUACCCUGAACCAGUCGGUGAUGUUUUGAAAGGAAUGAAAGAAGCUGAGAAAAAGAUACUCUUGGCUGAGUUCAGGCUCGGGUCGCAGUACUUCUUCUACAUGGAGCCACAAACAGCACUAGCCUUGCCAGAUGAAGACAACUGUGUGAAGGUAUUCAGCUCAUCUCAAGCGCCUGAGUACGUGCAUUCAGUAAUCGCUACAUGUCUUGGCAUUCAAGAAAAUAGCGUCCGAGUCAUCACCAGAAGAGUUGGAGGUGGCUUUGGUGGUAAAGCUGUGAAGUCAAUGCCUGUUGCAACAGCAUGUGCUUUGGCUGCUCACAAGCUGCAGCGUCCUGUGAAGAUGUAUAUGAAUCGAAAGACGGACAUGAUAAUGGCUGGAGGAAGACAUCCGAUGAAAAUGACUUACAAUGUCGGUUUCAGAUCAGACGGGAAGCUCACGGCACUGGAGCUUACAAUGCUGAUAGAUGCAGGGAAUGAGGCUGACGUAAGCCCUAUCAUGCCGCGGAAUAUAAUGGGACCUCUAAGGAAAUAUGACUGGGGAGCUUUGUCGUUUGAUGUGAAAGUUUGCAAGACGAAUCUCCCGAGCAGGACAGCGAUGAGAGCUCCAGGGGAAGUGCAAGGCUCUUACAUAGCGGAAUCCAUUAUCGAAAACGUAGCUUCUUCUCUUGGAAUGGACGUUGAUGCGGUGAGAAAGACAAACCUACAUAGCUAUGAGAGCCUCAAGAAGUUCUACAAGCACAUUGCUGGUGAGCUUGAUGAAUAUACACUGCCUUUGUUAUGGGACAAGGUGGAGAUAUCUUCAGAAUUCAAGAAGAGAGCUGAGAUGGUUAAGGAGUUUAAUCAGUGUAACGUGUGGCGCAAGAGAGGGAUCUCUAGAGUGCCUAUUAUACAUCAAGUUAUGCAGAGGGCUACACCGGGGAGAGUAAGCAUUUUGAGUGAUGGCUCUGUUGUUGUUGAAGUUGGUGGGAUUGAGAUAGGGCAAGGGUUGUGGACUAAAGUCCAACAGAUGGUUGCUUAUGGUCUUGGUAUGACGAAAUGCCAAGGAAGUGAGAAGCUGUUGGAGAGAAUACGAGUUGUUCAGUCUGAUACACUCGGUUUGAUCCAAGGAGGUUUCACUGCCGGUAGCACGACAUCUGAGAACAGCUGUGAAGCCGUUAGGCUCUGCUGUGUAAUCUUGGUUGAGAGGUUGAAGCCUUUAAUGGAACAAAUGAUGGUGGAGAAAUUAGGUUCUUUGACAUGGAACAUGCUCAUUCAACAAGCGUAUGCUCAGUCUGUGAAUUUAUCAGCGAGUACAUUGUAUAAACCGGAGUUUUCUUCCAUGGAAUACCUCAACUAUGGUGUUGGAGUCAGUGAGGUGGAAGUGGACAUUGUGACGGGAAGAGCAGAGAUUUUAAGAUCUGAUAUCAUUUACGACUGCGGAAAAAGUCUGAAUCCUGCUGUUGAUUUAGGACAGAUUGAAGGAGCGUUUGUUCAAGGAAUCGGUUUUUUUAUGAUGGAAGAGUACACUACAGAUGAGAAAGGGCUUGUGAUGCAACAAGGCACUUGGGACUACAAGAUUCCUACAGUUGAUACCAUCCCCAAGCAGUUCUACGUCGAGCUUCUCAACUCUGGACAUCACAAAAACCGCGUUCUCUCCUCCAAAGCUUCUGGUGAACCGCCUUUGCUUCUGGCGGCUUCGGUUCAUUGUGCAACGAGAUCAGCCAUUAAAGAAGCUCGGAAACAAUCCUUGUCAUGGAAGUGUAAUGAUGAGAACAGUGACGGCUCUGGUAUGGAUUUUGAGUUGCCGGUUCCGGCGACUAUGCCUGUGGUGAAGGGUCUUUGUGGACUGUAUAGCGUAGAGAAGUACUUAGAAGGGAAGAUAUGUGAGAAAUAA